AUGAAGGGCGUGAUUUGCGAGAAAGGCGGCGCUGGGCUGAAGGUCGUUGAUGACCUGCAAAAGCCAAAGCCUGGUCCAGAUCAACUCCUGGUUAAGUCCUUGUAUAUUGGUCUAGCACCUGUGGAUAAGUUCAUGAUCGACUAUGGUCAGCUUGUAGACGAAUGGCCAGUGACGCUCGGUGCGGACGGAUCUGGCAAGGUUGUUGAGCUCGGAGAGAACGCAGGCAAGUAUGGUUUCGAGGUGGGAGAUUAUGUCUUUGGCUGCGUUCGUCUGGGCAAGAAGGGCCACGGCCAGGGGCAGGAAUACUUUCUCAAGGAGGCACCGGUAACAUUCAAGAAACCGGAGAAGCUCACAAUAAUCCAGGCGGCCACCAUUGGCGCUGGAGCUUCGACAGCCGGGCUUGGUGUGUGGGAAGGCCUAAAUGUGGCAUUUCCUGGGGCCAGCGAGCCCUCUCCGAAGGAUGAGUGGGCCAUCGUGUUCGGAGGUGCAGGCAGCGUGGGCAGAGCGGCGGUGCAAGUGUUGCUUCUCGCCGGCUACAAGGUCGCAACGACUUGCUCCAGCCGGUCCAAGAAAGAUCUUGAGCAGCUCGGCGCUGUGCCUGUCGACUACAAGCAGCCUGAAGCCGACCAGGUCGAAGAGUUCAUGCGCGUGACCGGUGGGAAGUUCUGUCGCAUCUUCGACGCAACUUCAGCUGAUGAUCCGACCCUCGCAAAGGAGCUCUUCAAGAGGAUCUCGGGAGACAAGUAUUUCGCCACCACCAACGAUUGGCCUGGUCCGCCCGACUUCGAGGGCGGUAAGACUUAUCACAUCGAGCUUGGGCCUAUUGGCAACCCUGAAGCUACUAAGCUGAACGAGGUUCUGAAGAAGCACAUUCCUGUGCUGACCAAGUACCUCGCAGACGGUCGCCUGACAACCCCAGAGUAUGAGGUGUUUGGCGAAGGCUUCGAGGCUGCAGUCAAUGCCUAUGCCUACCAGUCAAGUGGCAAAGGGGGGAACAAGAAGGUGGUGGUGAAGGUUCAGGACGAAUAG